AUGGACUUCGACAGGCUCAGCAUCGAUGAGCGCAAGAUCAUUGUCGGGAUCGACUUUGGCACCACAUACUCCGGCGUAGCCUGGGCGGAAACGCAGCGUCCCGACCGCCGGGUUGCCAUCACUGUUUGGCCCAUCUCGAAAACAACCCCGGAGGGCGAGUCUUCGGAUAAGGUCCCCACAAGGUUGCGCUAUAACGAUGGAGAGCCAGAAUGGGGUUUCUCCAUCCCCGUGAACACGCCCCCAGAAGAGGUGGUCGAGUGGUUCAAGCUCGACCUCGACCCCUCUCUUCAGUCCAUGGGGACUGCCGUCACCAGCGCUGCCAGGCGAGGCGGCCGCGAUGUUGACAGGCUUGUAACCGACUACGUGUCGGCUCUUGGUAACCAUCUGAUGUAUACCUUGCGCGAGAAGCUGGGCGAGGGCGUCGUCAAAAGCACGCCUCUUGAGUUCGUCAUCACGGUUCCUGCCAUAUGGAGCGACCUGGCCAAGGAGAAGACGAGACAAGCAUGUCAGAAAGCGGCAGGCCUAUCGGCGACUAAGGCCCCGAUCCACCUUAUAUCCGAGCCCGAGGCGGCCGCCAUAUACGCUCUCCACGGCCUGGAUCCCCACGGCCUCGAAGUUGGCGACAGCUUCGUCAUUUGUGACGCCGGGGGCGGCACGGUCGAUCUCAUAUCUUACACCAUCACCAGCCUCAGGCCGAUCCUCGAAGUCCAGGAGGCGACUCCUGGCACCGGUGCACUCUGUGGUUCUACCUUCCUCAACAUGAGGUUUGCCAAGUUCCUCAAAGCAAAACUGGGGAAACUAGACGGGUUCGACGACGAGGUGCUGGCUGAUGCAAUGGAGAGAUUCGAGAAGACGGUAUACGGCGACACAUACACCAUCCCCGUCGGUGGGCUGGCCAACAACAAAGAACUCGGCAUCAACCGCGGUCGGUACGCUCUCAAGUUAUCUCAGGCCUCAGACCUUCGCGUCAUCUUCGAGCCGGUCGUCCAAGAAGUCGUGAAGCUCGUCAAGGACCAGAUCUCGGCCUCCAAAGUGCCCAUCAAGGCCGUCCUCCUCGUCGGCGGUUUCGGCGCCUCCAACUACCUCAAGGAGCGCCUGCGCGGGGCGGUCGACCCGUCGGUGCAGAUCCUGCAGCCGCCCAACGCCUGGCUGGCCGUGGUCCAGGGCGCCGUGAUGAAGGGCCUGGCGCAGAGCGCGCCCGAGCGGCUGACGGCGGUGCGCGUGCAGAACCGGCGGGCGCGCAAGCACUACGGCACCGAGUGGCGCGUCCGCUACGACGAGAAGCUCCACGCCCACCUGCGCCACAAGAAGCACUGGUGCGGCCUCGACGGCUGCUGGAAGGUCUACGCCAUGGAGUGGUUCAUCCGCCGCGGCGACGUCGUGUCCGAGAACGAGCCCUUCUACACCCGCUUCGUCUGGACCGGCCCCGUCGCCCAGGGCCACGUCAAGAAGAUCCGCAUGGACAUCUACGCCGACCUCACCGCCAGGGAGGCCCCCUUCGUCAGGGACGAGAACGUCUCCAUGCUGUGCCACGUCGAGGCGGACGUGAGCCACAUCCCCGAGGAACAGCUGAAGAAGAGGAAGGGAAGCGACGGUCAGUGGUAUUACGAGUUGAACUGCAAGAUCGAAGCAGUCUACCUCUCCGCCUCAACGCAGUAUACGCUGUUAUACAAUGGCGUGAGAUACAACUCGGUCACGGCCGAGUAUGUCUGA